AUGGCAUCCUCUCCAGAACUGCCGUCUGUUGCUGCCGAUAACCACCCCAGACUUGGAUGGAUAGGACUCGGGUCAAUGGGACUUGCCAUGGCAUUGAAUCUUCAAAGCCAUGUAUCACGCAUAGGUGCCCCUUCGCUUCGAUUCUACAAUCGCACAGAGGCUCGCGGCGAGUCAAUUCGGGAAAUAGGAGGCGUGCAGUCCACUAGUGUUCAGGAUGUUAUUGCCAGUGUCGACAUUUGCUUUAUGUCAGUGAGCGAUGAGAACGUGGUCAAUUCGAUCAUCAGCUCUAUAUUAGGAAUUCCAGCACACCAGCUUCUUGGUAAGAUUAUCGUUGAUACAUCGACCAUUCACCCAGACACGUCGUCCUGGGCGCAAAGACACCUUUCAGAGAAGGGUGUCAGCUUUAUCGCCGCGCCAGUCUUUGGUGCGAGUCCUGUCGCGAGGGAAGGGAAGCUUUUGUUCGUCGUCGCUGGUGCAGAUAAGGCUGUCAAGGCUAUUGAGCCUUUUCUGGAUGGGGUGAUGGCUAGAAAGACACUAUAUGUUGGAACGGAUGCUGCUCAGGCUAGCCUCCUGAAAACCACGGGGAACUUCAUAACCGGUGGAAUGAUGGAGCUUAUUUCAGAAGCCCAUGUCUUUGCCGAAAAAUCAGGAAUCGGAAAUGAGGCAUUGGAGUCGUUGAUUGAGCAUCAGUAUGGAGCGCUCCCUUUCGCAAUGUCAAAGCGCAUAACCGGAGGACAUUAUCUUCCCGCCAAGGGUGAACGGCCAUGGUCGGACCUUCAACUUGCACAGAAGGACAUGAAAUUGGGCGUUGAUUAUGCCGAGAAGGUUGGAACAAGUUUACUCAUUGCUGAUGUUGUUAUCAACCAUUAUGGAGAGGCAAGCAGAUACGGAGAAGAAAACAAACGGGCGUUGGACUCGUCUUCGAUGUAUGGAGUGCUGCGGUCGCAUGCAGGACUCGAGUUUGAAUCUGAUCGGGUGAAAAAGAGAGAUAACACAGACAUUCAAUAG